AAUUUCAAAAAAAAAAAAAAAACUUCCCCAUCUCAUCCCGCAUUUUAAAUCAUGAACGGCCCGCGACUCACGUCACCGUCUUUGAACUGUCGCCGGAAAAUGACGUUAGCAUGUUCCGGAGAUGAUCAGUGUUCAAAGAAGAACCGAGACCUUUCACAAACCGAAGAUUGUUGUGAGCUUUUGUCGAGAAAGAAGUCGCGGAGUGUCACGUGCACGCCACAUGGAUCGACAUCAGUGAUCGGCAGAAGAAGAGAAAUGGAGGACGCAGUGACAGUGGAGCUAGGGUUUCUGAGCAGAGAUUCGAGAGAGUAUGACUUCUUUGGCGUAUACGAUGGGCACGGAGGGUCAAGAGUGGCGUAUUCUUGCCGUGAUCGAUUACACUGCUUGCUGGUGAAAGAGAUCGAAGAGGAGAUUGAUGUGGAAACGAGGUCAGAGGAGGAUUGGGAGAAGGUGAUGGUGGCGUGUUUUGGGAAGAUGGAUGAGGAAGUGAAUGAUAUAACGGCAAAUAUAGGUUCCACGGCGGUGGUGGCGGUGGUGGGGGAGGAGGAGGUGGUGGUUGCCAAUUGCGGCGACUCAAGAGCUGUGCUGUCAAGACGAGGUGUCGCUGUAUCUAUGUCUAAUGAUCAUAAGCCUGACAGACCUGAUGAGUUGGAGAGAAUUGAAGGUGCUGGUGAGGUUAUAGACUGGAAUGCUCGAGUCUUAGGAGUUCUUUCUACUUCAAUAUCCAUAGAAAUCAUAGUGAGCAAGAGAACUAGUGCAGAUGAAUUUCUGAUUCUACCUACUGAUGGCUUAUGGGAUGUUGUUUCAAAUGAGGUUGCAUGCCCAGUCGUGAGGAGAUGUCUGGAUGGCAGAAUUAAGAGGAGACUUCAAGCGACUCUAAAUGAAAGCAAAUUCAGUGAGGCUGUAAAUCAAAGCCGUGCUGCGGAGGCAGCAGCAGUAUUAAUUGAGCUGGCAAUGGCUUGGGGUAGCAAAGAUAACAUCAGUGUGUCAAACAGAGCCUGUUUACACCUUCCUUCUGCAAUUUUGGAUGAGAAACAAAGAAAGCCACAGUGGUGUGGUGUUAUGUUGCCAAUGACUUUGUAG